GCGCCGCUUCUGUUAUUGUACGUCGCGGCCUGACGUGAAGCCUCGGAGAAGGAAGGUUUCAGGCCGCAGCUUCAGCCUUCGCUUUGAAUCGCGGGUGUGGGGACAGGGUGUCCAGAACGGGCCCCAUUCAUUCUAGUGGGUUCCGGGCCCUGGCAGCCUUUUCGCGGAGGCUCGCUUCCGGCGUCAUGGCUCAAAGGGCCUUCCCGAAUCCUUAUGCCGAUUAUAACAAAUCCCUGGCCGAAGGCUACUUUGAUUCUGCUGGGAGGCUGACUCCUGAGUUCUCACAACGCUUGACCAAUAAGAUUCGAGAGCUCCUUCAGCAGAUGGAGAGAGGCCUGAAGUCAGCAGACCCUCGCGAUGGCACCGGUUACACUGGCUGGGCAGGUAUUGCUGUGCUGUACUUACAUCUCCAUGAUGUGUUUGGGGACCCUGCCUAUCUGCAGAUGGCACAUGGCUAUGUGAAGCAAAGCCUGAACUGCCUGAGCAAGCGCUCCAUCACCUUCCUGUGUGGGGACGCUGGCCCCCUGGCAGUGGCUGCCGUGCUGUAUCACAGGAUGAACAACGAAAAGCAAGCAGAGGAUUGCAUUGCACGGCUAAUUCAUCUAAAUAAGAUCGAUCCCCAUGCUCCAAAUGAAAUGCUGUAUGGACGAAUCGGCUACAUCUAUGCUCUUCUUUUUGUCAAUAAAAACUUUGGGAUGGAAAAAAUUCCUCAAAGCCAUAUUCAGCAGAUUUGUGAAACAGUUUUAACCUCUGGAGAAAACCUAGCUAAAAAGAGAAACUUUACGGCAAAGUCUCCAUUGAUGUAUGAAUGGUACCAGGAAUAUUACGUAGGGGCUGCUCAUGGCCUGGCAGGAAUUUAUUACUACUUGAUGCAGCCCAGCCUUCAAGUGAGCCAAGCAGAGUUACAUAGUUUGAUCAAGCCCAGUGUAGACUUUGUCUGCCAGCUGAAAUUCCCUUCUGGCAAUUAUCCUCCAUGUCUGGAUGAUAAUCGAGAUCUGCUUGUCCACUGGUGCCACGGCGCCCCUGGAGUAAUCUACAUGCUCACCCAGGCCUACAAGGUGUUCAGAGGGGAGCAGUACCUCAGCGAUGCCUACCAGUGUGCCGAUGUGAUCUGGAAGUACGGGCUGCUGAGGAAGGGCUAUGGGCUGUGCCACGGUGCUGCAGGGAACGCCUAUGCCUUCCUGACGCUCUACAACCUCACACAGGACAAGAAGUAUCUGUACAGGGCCUGUAAGUUUGCUGAAUGGUGCUUAGACUAUGGAGAACAUGGAUGCAGGACACCAGAUACCCCUUUCUCCCUCUUUGAAGGGAUGGCUGGAACAAUAUACUUCCUGGCAGACCUGCUCAUCCCCACCAAAGCCAAGUUCCCUGCAUUUGAACUGUAAGAGGAAAGCGUUACCCCCCGCAACUUACUGCAGGACCCUUUCUGUAUGUCCACACCUGGGCACAGUGCUUCACCUCUUUUCAAGGAAACAUAGCGUCCAAUUGUAUACUCCAUUUAGUUGAUUUUUUUAAAUUAUUUUUACUGUAUUUUAAAGUAUGCAAGGAAGUCUUUUAACUUUUGAGUUUCUUCCAACAGGAAAGAUGAGUGACAAGUACAGUAUUUUGAGGUCAUUUGUGUAUAUUUCAGAACUUGGAGGAUUUCUUACUCUUAUUUAAGUUGAUGAAUGUAAGUAUUUCUGUUCUAAAAAUAUUUAAAAGAAACUCAAAUAUAGAUAAGCAAACUUAAGUAUGUGAAUAUGAUUGAAUAUUGUCUUCCAACCUCUUUUGUUUAAUAUUCUUUCUCUAACAGUAAAGCAGUUUUAUGGCUUGCUUUUCUCUAUGUGGUUGAUCAUAAAAAGGGACAAAAAUAAAACUACACUUCCAGGGAAAAAUUUCCAAGAGUUGCAAACUGGACUCAGGACCUUAAUAGCAUUUUUCAAAUUCUUGUUGCUUAUUUGGACUAGAGAUAAACAUACUUUCAAAUUUGCCUCUUUGUCAGAGAAGCAUGCAAGCCCCUGUAGGCCAGCAUUUUGUGAUGAUUGUCAUGAACAUUCUGAUUUGAAAGUUAGUUCAAAAUAAGCUUAUAUUAACAUUUUAUCAUUUUCUCUAAAAUAAUUGCAUGUAUGUUUGAACUAUUUACUCAGAUUCAUUUAUGUUUAUUCGUUGCUAUUCCCAUGAGUUCAGGACACAAGUUUUCUAUGUGAGUGGGCUAUGAGCACAGACUCUUGUCUGUCCUCUUCUACAUAACUUCUAAACCUGGACUUGUGGUUUCACUUACUCUGCAGAGGCUAUGCUUCAGUGCUGGCUGCUUAGUAAGAGCCAUAUAAUUUAUUCCUGUCAAUUUACCUAAACAUUGGUCUUUUCACUAAAUACUACAGGAGUCUACCUUUGCUUAUAAGGAGGCAGGAAAGGAAAUGCUGUAUAGCCAGUAACUUGAAAAAGAACAUUAAAGUCUUAACAGAAAUUGUCUACUAGGAGGUAUUACAUGAGUUCAUGUUUGUAACAAAUGAAUCUUUGCAUAUCCUAGGCUUAACUGUUUGUCUGCCUAAGACCACAGAACCAGGUUUUUAUUUUGUAUGGUAGAUGAAGACUCCUUAGUGUUUCACAUUCUACACAGAUGGCUUGCUCAUCAGAUCUUCCCCCUCCUCCUCCUUUUGCUUCCUUUCCCAGGCCAAGCAAGACAAUUUUUGACUGAUUUUAGAACAUUAUGCAGCUUUAAAAUAACAGGGUCUGAGAACUUUAAAUGUGCCAAUUUUAUUGCUCUCUUGGUCACAAAAACGUGUUUUUAUUGGAACUUUAAACCAAAUCCCCACAGAGUAUAUGCUGGUUCCUAUGGAUAGCAAUCCUCUGUUAUUUUUUUCUUUUUACCACCAAAAUAGCCAGUAUUACUGAAAAUUGUCUGACCCUUUAAAGUCUACUGACAGUUGGAUCUACAGAGUAGCCCACUGUUCAAUUCCUAGGUUUAGAUCACUCCCUCUGUGACUUAUGGAAGUCAGGGAACUCGUGCCUCUUAGAUUGCUGAAGUGCUCCUGGUAAGCUGUAUACAAGCUGUGCUUUUCUUGUGGAAGUUUCAGAUCAGCAGUGUUGGCAUUUACAGGAAUAAGUAAAAGGAACACACAGUGGAGUUCAUUUGCCUUUGGCCGGGUGUCCAACUUAAAAGAAUAAAGCCAUUUGGUUUAGUUAAAUGUCCUAUUACAUUGUGCCUGUACUUUUAGCUACCAUAAUUACUAACCAAGGGAAAAAGAGCAGCACACACUUUGUGUGAGCCAGGGGAGUCUUAAUCACAGUUGCUUCCCUGAGCAUCUUGCUUAAUUUAACCCCAGGAAGACGUCAAAGCAGGGAGAACAUUCUACAUAUGAUUCUUGUUAAUAUUUCGAUUACAGUUCAGUUUUUGUCAGCUGUUAAAAUUCACCAACAUAGACAUGAUUAAAGUUUUUUUUGGUAGUUUUUUUAAAACUGUUACUAAACUGACCAUAUAUUUGCGCCACUGUUUGUUUUAUUUAUGCUUAAAAGCUAAGAUAAUUUUGGUAGGAUUUUAAACUCAAGCAGAGGGUACAAAGCCAAGACCAAUACUUUAACACCAUGGUAAUGACUAAAAGAAGGUUUUUCACUGACUUUUUUUACCUUCAGAAGGAAGCAGUAGCAUCAUUUUAGUUCUAUUUGUACUGUGCUUCUCCCUCAGAUACCUUUCUUCUCAGCUAAAAACGUCCCCAAAAGUUGUUUCCUAGAAAAUUCAAUAGCAUCUCAUACCUCCAUGCAAAGACUGGGUAGUAAAACCUUCAAAGCUUGUCAAGUAGUGUUCAUUUAUCCUGUGAUAGGUUUCUGUUCAGAUGGUGAUGAGAAAUUGCAGUGGUUAACUUUUCUUCAUGUGAAAGUGUUAACAUAAUCAUGUGCAUUCCCAUAGCCCCCACCUCGUGUUAGUUACAUCUGAAUUUAAUCCUUAGAGUCAUCUGGUUCCCUUUUCAUCUUUCAUGUCAGUUUCAAUUAUCUACAAUUAAAAGUCUCCAUGGUAGAGUUUUAAGUAAAAGGGGAUAUUUGACUAUUCUGUCCUUACUACCAUUUC